GUACGCCUCAUGGCUGACGAAGGAUGAUCACUGCCAUCUUUAUUAGUUGCUAGAAAAAGUACCUUUUCCGUAGUACAAAUAAUGCACUUGAUGGUCACAAAAACUUAGCAAAAAGAAAAAAAUGUGUGACAAGAAAACUUCAUCUGUUUUAAACAUAGCAUUUUAUCCAUGGUUUGCUCUUGGCCACCUUACUUCAUACCUCCGUUUAGCCAACAAACUUGCACAAAGGGGUCACAAUAUCUCCUAUUUCAUCCCUACUAAUACACAACCUAGAUUAGUCCCUAACAACCAUUACCCUGACCACCUUACUUUCAUCCCUGUCUCCGUCCCACCCGUGGACGGCCUCCCUCCCGGAGCCGAGACCACCAACGAUGUCCCCUCCUCGGCCAUUCCCCUUCUUAUGACUGCCAUGGACUUGACCCGUGACACUAUUGAGGCCCAUUUGGUUAGUAUCAAAUCCGACAUGGUCUUUUACGACUUAGCUUAUUGGAUUCCCGAGCUAGCCCGAAAACACGGGUUCAAGUCAGUGCACUACAUGACAACAUAUAUAGCAAGCUGUGCUUAUUUUGCCCCUGGUUUAAUGUCGGGUCAUCAGUCCACUGGGACAGAACUUAUUGCGCCACCACCGGGUUUUCCAUCCCAGCAUUUCCGGAUGCAAGCACACGAGUCCGAGGUUGUGGCCGUAGAUGUAGGUGAAAACCAAGAUGGACUUGGUUUAGAAAGUGUAACAAUAUUUGAUAGGCUGCGUAUAGCUUUUGGCGAAUGUGACGCAAUCGGAGUCAAGAGUUGUAAGGAGAUGGAAGGGGUUUACAUUGAGUAUUGUGAGAAGAUAUUUGGUAAGCCUGUGCUACUAGCAGGACCUAUGGUCCCGGAAACUCCAUCUUCUACACUUGAUGAUUAUUUUGAUGGCUGGUUAAAAGGUUUUGGUGCUGCUACUCUGAUUUAUUGUGCAUUUGGGAGUGAAUGUGUUUUGGAUAUUAACCAAUUUCAACAUCUCCUUCUUGGACUAGAGCUCACAGGAAGGCCAUUUUUGGUGGCCAUGAAGCCGCCUAAGAAGUAUGAAACAAUAGAGUCGGCCUUACCAGAAGGGUUUGAGAAGAGAACAAAAGGAAGGGGAAUCGUACAUGAGGGUUGGGUGCAGCAACAACUGAUAUUGCAACAUCCAUCAGUAGGAUGUUUCAUAACUCAUUGUGGAGUUGGGUCUCUUUCGGAAGCUAUGGUCAGCAAAUGUCAAGUAGUGUUGAUGCCUCAAGCUGUAGACCAAUUCAUCAAUGCGAGGAUGAUGAGUUUAGAGUUGAAGAUUGGGGUUGAGGUUGAGAAGAGAGAAGAUGAUGGUUUGUUCACAAAGGAGGCUGUGCAUAAGGCGGUCUCUUUGGUGAUGGAGGAAGAAAGUGAAGUCGCAAAAGAGAUGAGGGUAAGUCAUGAUAAAUGGAGAGAAUUCUUAUUACAGGAAGGUCUUGAGGAUUCUUAUAUCAGUAGCUUCAUUCAGAGUCUAAGACAGUUGAUUGGAUGAACACAAGCAUGCAACACGUACUUUUUCAAGCCGGAAAAUGAUGGUCAAUGGUCAUUUUCCCACUUAAGGUCCUAGUCAACAACAAACUCAAUUAAGGUCCCAUUUUACCACUUUACUAAUAUAAAGUCGUUUUUCACAAAGUCGACCUCAUAAAAGGUCAUUUCGAACAAAUUAUCCUUAUUCUAAUUCUUUAAUUAAUACGCAAUACAUUUAUAUUUUUAUUGGGUUAA